AAUCAAGCACCAUCAUCACAAAUCAGUAUCACAAUUAAUAAUAUAUGAACAUACUACCACCUUAAAAAAGAAGGUUCCCCCUGGAUUUGAAGUAGCCAAACCCCUCCCUCCGUUCCUUCAACCCCUCCCAGCAAACCCCAACCUUACCUCCAUACCCAAUCAAGAUGAAUCCAUACUGCUCCCACUGCGACCGCACCUUUUCCUCCAAAGAAGCCCUAAAACUCCACGCCUCCAUCAAUAUCAAUCACGCCUACUGGUGCACACGGUGCUCGCGCGCCUUCCCCUCCCACACAGCAAAAGCAGCGCACAUAGACCGUUCGGCCGCCCACAACAUAUGCCAAAGAUGCCUACACCAGGAUUUCGUAACAGAAAAAGAACUGCAAGCUCAUUUACAACACGAUCACCACGAGUGCCAAACUUGUAAACAGGCGUUCGCGGACACAAAGACCCUCGAUAUCCAUGUGCGCAGUGCACAUCUAUCCUGUGAUGUUUGCGGUGAGGUCUUUGGGGAUGGUAAUAGUUUGGAGAUGCAUAAAUAUAGCCACCAGGAGCGGGCUUUGCAGUGUUUCGGGUGCUCUCUAGCGUUCGGAAGUUACUCUAGUAUGAUUGCUCACUUGGAAUCUGGGUCUUGCGCUUGCGGCAUGACUGGGGAUAUGGUCAAAGCCAUCGCAUUAGAAUUCUCCACUAUGCAGGGACACAAAAUGCCCGAUCAGGCAUCUGAGAAGUAUCUUUGUCCGGCUUGUGCCAAAAAGCCUGGUUCUCUUUCUGCAUUGUGCCAGCAUGCGGAACGAGCUCCUGGCUGUCGGCAUUUGAUCAACGGGACAGGAGCCUUGGCUCAGCUGAUGAAGUUCUUGAAAAAUUCUAUGUGACUGUAUGUGGUGACAAAUUGGGGAGACUUUUCAGUCGCUAUUUUUCCCUUGUACUUUGGCGAUCACAGGUGGAAAAUGGUGUUUCAUAUUGAUGGUUGUCAUAUUGAAUACUGCAGUCAAUCUUUUCAAGUUUACACAUAUGAAAUAAGGAUAGAUGAAUUGCAAGCUGUGGCGACACAG